AUGAAGAAAACAACACAAAGCGUUGAACGUCUUCAAGACAUGUUAAAACAUGCAUCCAGAAAGAGGAAGCGUUCCAUAAGCCCGGAUGAGGAAUCGUUACCCCCAGCAAAGCGUCCAAGAAAGAUGGUGGCAGUGGUUCCACUAUUUCCAAGGACGUUUUUAUUAAAGGUCAAGAAAUGGCAAGACAUGAAAAGAAAAAUUGAAUUAGGUAUGGCUCUAUACAUAGAGGCACAGUUGAAGAAAAUGGCCGACACAUCAUCUUCACCACCAGAACCCACAGUUUCAUUAUCAGUUGAAGCAUUAGAGGGAAUUAAGGCAGCCGAGCAGCUGAUUGAAGAAAUCUCGGCCGAGAUCGCCGCUUCUUUUCCAAAGCGUUAUGGAAUCAUCAAGAGGCUGGAGGUCAACAAUGUUGCAGACGACAGUGUCGAGGUCAAGGUCAUUCCAGUUAAGCGCCGUGGCGGAUGGAGGAAAAAGGGAGAGAAGCGAUACUAAAUUGAGUGAUAAAAAGACAAAAAAAAGAACAUAAAAUAGACAAAAAUGCUAAAGGCAAACGCCAUUUGGUAGUUUCAAUAAGAGACUAUUGUCAGGUUGUCACUUUCAAAAAUCUGGGAAAAGGGAAGCAUAUUAAUUAUGAUAAACAAGAUAAACAAGAAAAGGCGGCGUUCAAUGAACGCAACCCCCACACGACCCAGCAACAAGGACCAGCGGCCAGGAGCCCAGGAGGGCCCCAAACAAAAACAGGACAGGGUGCAAGGCAGAGCACGGACAGGAUAAUCACUUCAACAAUAAAUAAAAGGAAAAAAUUGUAACCAACAAAAAAUUACAUGAAAAUUGCAGACUCGGUUUCAUUGAGUCUGUACAUGAGGGAUAAUGAAAAGGUGCAUACCAGAUGAAAUCUGGUGUUAAUUUAAAUUGAAAGCGGGACUUUCAGAAGUACCAGCUGAGAUGACAAUUACCUGAUUUGGUUUUUUAACAUUUGAGUUUUCCAGCCGAAAGAAAACGAAAUAAAAAAAUUUU